AUGCAACUUAGCGAAGCUGGUCGAAGCAUCAAACGGCAAUUAAAAGAAGCGAAAGCGAAUGAUUUGGGUUUUUUAUAUCGAAUAGAAUCUAUAAAGAGACAGGGAGUCAAUCUUCAAGAAAAUCGUCGUGCGCUUCAAGGGAAAGCUCAGCAAAUUACGAGCGCUGUCGAAUCAUUGUCAAAAGAUGCGCUGAAAGUUUAUGACCCAUUUUUGGUAUUCGUAUCAGGAAUCCAACACUUUCAUCAGCAGCUUUUGAAUCGUAUUGCGAUGGUAGACAAUAAAUGGAUUUCCUUGGCGAUUAUCGUAGAUAAAACGGGUUGUCGUAAAAGUGCAAACGGACAUGAGUAUAUGAUAUGGAAUACUUCUGACCUAACGGAUUUCCUAGAUACAAAUGUUAAGAUUCUCGUUUUUGGUGAUUGUAUCAAAAAAUUUUGGAAAUUGCAACUUGGCAGUGUUAUUGCGCUUGUAGCACCACCUUUUGCUGAUGGGGAUGAUAAACAAAUAACAUUGAAAUUAACGAAAUGUGCACAAGUUUUGGAAAUGGGAUUUUGCCCUGAUUUUGGUCACUGCAAGGCCGUUAAAAAAGAUGGUGGACUGUGUCAAAAUGUGGUGAACUUGUCGCAGUGCGAGCGCUGCGUAUAUCAUGUUCAACGAGCAGCACAGAAAUUCACAGCAAAUCGUGGCUCAUUUGCAUCUAUGCUAGCAAAUCCCAAGCGAAAGUUACCGCUGCAAGAAUCGAACUCAUUUUCAGGUGGUAUAAUUACAAUUCCGAGAAGGAGUCCCAAAGUUUCAACAAAUGCUCUGUUAAUAAAUAAGAGUAGAAAACAAUUGAAUCAACACCUGACUAGGAGUUGUUUAAUGCGGUCGAAAAGUUUGAAGGAAUGUGAAAAGAUGACGCUUGACGCUUUAAUUGCGAAGGAGACUGCAAUUUGUGGAACAAAAAGUGCAUCGCAACCGCAUGGGAAAAUAUCCCCAAGAGAUAGGAGCAAUGAAUCAUUAAAAGAGUUUCUGCAAAAGCAGGAUGGAAACGAAAGUUCCACGCACUCGCCAAUUCUUGGCAAAGGCUUAAAUUCUGGAUCUGUUUUAUUAAUUAGCCCUAGAAAAAGUGACAAACUAACUGCUUCAGAAAAUACUAAGCGCAAAGCUAUUGCAACAAUAAUGAAAAGAGGUGGUCUGGAAAAGGCUGAUCCAAACUCAAUCAACAGCAAGCAUAAAAAAAGACGUUUGUUCUUUCCUCCGGAACAUAAAGGACAGAAGAACACCGAAGUUAAUAAGAAUGUUAAUAGCAACUCGGAAAAAGUCAGAGGAUUCUCGAAAACUCUUUAUACUGCCGAAGAAAUUUCAAAGCUGUUAGAGAAAAGAAGCAAUCACGAGGGUGAUCUCCGUCGGGAAGAUGCUGCUCGUGAAAAGCGUUACUUCAGUGCUAUGGAACAAAAAGAAAAACUGGAAAAUUAUCUUACUAAGACUAUGGAAAUUAAAAAUUGCAAUGUAGUUAUAUGCAUGCAGUGCAAUUAUACGUCAUACAAACAGAGUGAUCUAUGCAAACAGUUACAUCAUACUGUAAAACAAUGCAAGGCUAAUAAACGAUUCUUCCGUUGUAAACAAUGUUAUAAGCGCACAGUUUCGUAUGAAAGACUACCCACAGUUCCUUGCACGGUUGGUCUUUCUAAUUCGAGAAGGUUUGGGAGUUUGAUGUAGAUAAAUGUAAAGAAGUUUGCUAAGCGAAGUUGGCCCGUCGUAACACUUAGCAA